CACAUUCAGUGGUCCGCACAACACGGAAGCAAGCCCGGAAGCUAGGAACUUUUUUUGGCGCAUGCACCAGCCGAGCGAAUAGGCGCCAUAUUUGGUCCGGUAUCCGGCUCUUAUAAAAUAUCCAUCGUCCAGAAGGUGUACAUUUGGAUUCAGUCACUGGCCCGUUCGCUCCGUGUUAUGUCAUUUGUAGCGAGGUGACCUCUACGCAGCUACUCACAACAAUAACAGCUAACACAGAAGAGCUAAACAAAGGCAGUCAGUAUGUUUGGAGCAGUGGUGGUUGGCAUUGGCACAGCAGGUUGUGUGAGGAUCAGAGACAUGUUAGCUCCACUGUCUGGCAGUCCUGCAGAGAAACUCACUCCCAGAGGAUUCAUAUCCAGGAGAAGCCUGGACAGUCAGCAGGGGGUGAGCCAGAUCUCAGUAGAAGAGGCCGUGAGCACAGAAGACAUUCACGUGGCGUUCAUCUGCACUGAGAAUGUGUCCCAUGAGGAUAACAUCAGAACCUUUCUGCAGGCAGGGAAACACGUCUGUGUCGAGUAUCCCAUGACUAUGAACUACAAGGCUGCUGUGGAGCUCUGGGAUUUGGCCCAGGAAAAAGGAGUGAUUCUCCAUGAAGAACACAUAGGGCUGCUGACAGAAGACUACAAACAGCUGAAGAAAGAGGUAGAGGGGAAAAUCCUGCAGGAAGGAACUCUUCAUUUUACUAGUGGACCUCUGAAGCCUGGAUUUGGUUUUCCAGCAUUCUCUGGCAUUGCUCGCCUCACCUGCUUGGUUGAUUUGUUUGGUGAGCUGUCAGUAAUUGCAGCAACCAUAGAGGAGGACUCUGGUACCAACUACAGCAAGAUGACUGCAAAGCUGCUUACUGCUGACAACAAACCUCUGACAUGGAUUGAGGAACGAGGACCAGGCCUCCCCAGGGCCAAGAACAUCAACUUUCACUUUGACUCAUGCACUCUGACCCAGAUCCCUCCGGCACCCAGAGGGGCUGUAGGCCUCUUCAUGCAGGACCUGAUCCACUUCUCUGCCAAGCUGGUAGGCCAAGUGAGUCCAGAGGAGCUCCAGAGAGAGAAAACCAGGAUCUUGCACUGCUUGGAAGUGGCAGACAAGAUACAACAACUUUGCAAAACAUAAACGGGUACUCUCCAAUUUAUGAUAGUCAUCAUAAAUCUUCAAACUUGAAUUUAUUUAUUUAUUUAUUUUUAUCACCAUGCCGUUAAGUUUUUGUAUUCUUAGUUGGGUUAUUUUGUCACCACUCUGGUGACUAUUACUGUUUGAAAGAGUCAUUGAACUGAAUAACACAUUUUUACAUGAUCAACACAUGUUUAGACACGGGUGCCUGAAAUCAGUAUAUCAUGACUACUGGAAAUAACUUACAGAGCAGGUGUUCAGCAUCCAGCAAAGAUUCAGAAGGCUACACCUAUCAUGUAGACCCCAAUUAUCAUCCUCAUCAUACAACUGCUUUAUGUUUAAUGUUUCCCUUUAUCCAUAAGUGUUGUUUUUAUAUCAUUAAUGUAAAAAACAACAACUUGGCAACUGUUUAAGAGUUAAAGAGAGUUGUCACUAGCAAUUGCACAGUCACAGUUAUGGUAAAAAAAGUUGGUAGUGGUCGAUAAACAUAUAAGUGUCCAAUCACACAUGCUGAACUUCCAACACAGAAACUUCAAAAUGAAAGUACACAACAAAAUAUUACAUUAAAAAAAUCAUCACAAUGUCAUAAAAUAUUAUCAUAAAGCCAGAUCUGUAUAUCUUACCUGAUAAACAGAAAUCCUUUGAAUCCUCGUGGAAGUUCAGUAGUCUCAGGUUCUGCUCACAAAUUAGUUUCCUGUUUUGUUGACGAUCAUAUAAAAGAGUUUGUCCCCAAGUUAAACUCUUAUAUAAAAGACAGUACUCAGUGUCUGGUAUUCAGCAAGAAUUUAAAACUGUAAACUGGCAGUAAUGGCAGAUUACAUCAUGACAGUGUGUGUUCUGCUGUUUACCGGGUGAGGUGAUCCUGAAUAAGUGUGCUAUAAAUACUACAACUUAAGCUCUAGUGCAUCACCAGUGUUACAAACAAGUAGAUCAAUCUCUUUCCUUCCUUUCCUGUUACCUGGGGACGCACGGACUAACUUAAUAAUCCUGGCAUAUGAGAAAAAUGUCAUAAACCCACUGUUGAGUAGCUACAAUAGAACCUGUUACUACAUAAAUUAAAAUUUAAGAUUAAUGUGGAAAUGUAUGUAAGCAAAUAAAAGUUGUAAUACUUUGAA